AUGCCAGCGCGAAGCAUGAAAUCAAAUGUAAGCAAAGACUGCAUAAGAGAGAACAAACUCCAUGUCUACCGCAAGUCAACAAAGGUGUCCCAAAGGUUGUACUCUGAGGACAAAGCAUCUCAUCUAACAGGUAAUCCUACACAGGCUUCUCUGAACGGAAUUUGAUAUAAUUUUAUGCCUUUUAAACGGUGUUAGAGAGCUUCAUUUGUUUAGUUUGGGGUCGAGCUUUCGGGACUGUAGGAGAGGGUUGUAUGCAAGUAUAAGUUUUUAAUGAAGAGGAAUCAUGUUCAACAAAUGCAAAACUUCUGCCUUACAAGAUUUUCUCAUCGCCUUUUCAUUUAUUGUUACGUCAUCUGUGCUCAUUUAUUUCAUUUCUACAUGUAAAAGGUCUUUUAUUCUUGGUUUAUCAAGUACUGCUCAAGUUAGAAAUUCACAUUUAUGAAGUGGCUUCUUGCCUUGCUACUUUUCUGAAAAAGUUAACAUGUUUCUGCAGCUUGUCCUGCUGUUGACGUUUCUGGUGAAAUUAUUAUUCCAGCUAACGUCGUUGAGCAGGAGGGUUUGUUUUAUCAGUCCAAUGAUCAUGUGAAUGUGCUUUUAUCAGUGCCAGAUUCAACGCCUACUGAUGGAAAGGUGGUGCUUCUCUUUUGUUUUUUGAUGUUCAAAUAAAGUCGUUGUUGGCUGUAGUAGGUGCUGCUCUUAAUGGUUUAUCUGAAGGCGUGUAUGACCAUGCCGAUUCAUAUUUUGCAUGAACCGCAGUGAUAUCCUCUUCCCUGAAUGAUAGACUUUUGUUGAAGUUACACGGAGUGAAUGUUUAUGAAUAAAAUAAAUUACCUGCCGCUCAACCUACAUUGUUAUCUACCCGCCUGCGAAAUUUUUUCGGAUCUACCUUCAUCCCAUUCGUUGUGAAAACCUGACUCUACAAGGUACUCCAUUCUUCAAUUCCUUUCCGCUAUCUCUAGAUUCUAUUAAAGAUACACGAUGGUUCUGAUUCACUUGAAUUUACUUUUUGAAAGAAGACAUAUAAUGGCAUUUAGAUUACGAAACCUAAUGAAUUCAGAUUGCAUGGGCCGUUGAAAUAUGACUGGAGCUAGAGUUCUUUGCCAGUGAGCCUACAGCUUCUGUUAGGAUGAUUUAAUUAUAAUUAAUAUAUGCAACAAAUAUAUCGUGCAGAGGGAGCUUCAGGGAUGGACUCAGGAAUAUAAGGUAGCACAUGACAUGUAUGAUUGUGUUGGUAUGAUCAUUUUUAUUGUUUACAAUUAUGGAAGAUGUGAUUGAAUAAUGUAAGCUUAACGUAUGUUAUGUAACCUGCACAGGUGAUUUUUGGGGGCAGUAACAAUGAUAUUCGAUUUUAGUGCCGCGCAAUCUUUGAAUUGAAAGUGUUUAUAGACAGAAUCAUCUAAUUCUUUUUGUUCCUUGUAAUCAUACACACCUGGACGGAAAUAAACCGCCGCAUUCAGUGAUUGAGUAAUUGUCCGUAUGUUCUAUGAGUCAUUUGUGUUUUCACCCCCAGAAACUGUUGUACUAGACGCUUUGAACAUGUGUUUCUCAGUAUAACCUGGCUAAUUUGAUGCACUUUGUUGACCUGAAGGGUUCAAUCUCAGCUGCAUACCCUGUGAUCAAUGAAAUGAUCUUCUCACCUCAUCUGGACCAUGGUGAAGUGCAACACACAGUAAUCGGCCAUAGUAUCAAAGGUAUGAUUUUGAGAGUAUUCCUUUUUCUUCCAUACGAAUCGUCCUACUUAUUUCACCAUUACAUGGCUAGGUUUUAUCUUUACCAAACAAGGCAGCUUACCUACAGACAUUCAUAAGGCUUUCAUUUCAAGAGAAUAAGGAUGAGGAACGAAAAAAAUCGUACGGACAUGCGCCAUUUGAUAUCUAUAAAGUUGUGCAUGUUGGAUAAAGAAAUAGUUGAAGGAUUAUGCAGAAAUAUGUGAGAUUAUUUUGUAUUGUUGCUUACUUUUUUUUUUUUUUUUUUUUUAAAAGUGUAUGGUUCUCAUGCGAAUAUAUAUACGUGAAUUCAUCUGCUUAGUGGAGAUGAAAAUUUUCUACUAUUAAUGUAUACAGUCUGGAUCCAAUCAUUAUUGUUAGCCCCAUACCACUUAAACUAUAUUAAAUGAAUUUUGACCUUCUCUCCCUCUAUGCAACCUUGGUGAUGCUUCUGCUUUUGUAUUCUUCUUUAGUAUAUUUAUAAUAUUAGUAAAGAAAUAUUUGUCUCCUUAUUGUGCUCUAAUUCGAAAAGGAAAAAUAAUGCUCAGAGAAUCUCACUCAUCUGCAUCCCCACAUAUUUCGUUGUAGCCUUUGUCCAAUCAACUGGACGUAUGGGUCCCAUAACUUCAGUCUUGUUCUACUAGAUAAAUUGUGGUUUGUUAUUUUUUUAGGCUAGCUGAUUUAAACACAGUCUAGUCUGAUGCCAGAACUUUCACAUCCACUUUGUUCAUUUUUCCUGCUCUAUUGACAUUACCCAGUAUACCCACGACUAGCUACUGAAACCUAAUUUGUUCGAGUCAUAUUCAUUUUGGUUCUACCGGUGUAUUUUGCUUCACAUCUCUCCAUGCUUUGCGUUUUUUCCGAUUGUUUCCCAGGGCAUCAACGUCAAGUUAAACUCAAUUUAAUAAUAUUAUAGGAAAUUUGAAUUAGGCAUGGCACACCACUUAUAUUGGGUCAUGGCUAGAGCAAGAAUUAAUCAGAGUGUAAUUUCUGCCCCUGUAUUGUAACAACCUUUUUUGAUUGACCUAGGGAUAUUAUGUUGGUUAAAGAUCCUCCUUAUCUGGUUCCGUUGCCCAUCUCCAUCUUUCAUAUUCUUAGUGGUAACCCAAUUUUAAUACCAAUCGAAGAACCCUUUGUUGAUUUCUUCUUUUAGAGGUGUGCUAGUUGGAGACUAUGAGAUGAAUGGCACUGAUGUCACUGAUGGACCUUUCUAUCAACUCUUUGUACAAGAGCAUCCAAUUAAGUAAAAGGCAUUUGGGAUCAGUAUCCUCUUUAUCCCAAUGGUAAAUAUUGGAAUAAUACACUAUUAUUUCUUACUCCCUUCUUUCCAUUUUUUUGUGUGAAAGCCUCUUUCCUUCUUUGGAGUAAUCUCUGGACUUGUAUACAAUUCUGGCUGUGCAUGGAAUAUAUGUCUGCUAAAAAUUAUUCUUUCUUCGUAAAUUGUUCCCUAGUUUAAGAUCGACGUAGUUUGAGAAUAAUUAUACAAUGACAGUGAAAAUAUUUGAUAGUGCUUUACAAUUUAUAAAAAAAUCUUCAAUUUUAAUACUUCUUACUUGGUUAUGACUAGUAUACUUUAUGAUCUGAUUCUAUCCAGUCAUUUGUUGAAAAUGAAGCCCUUUUUUCUUGAAUGGUCUAUGUUUAACUAUCUACUAUCUGUUGUAGAUAAUGAAGGGGGUGAUUUGCCUUACCUGGUGCCUGACAACAGUGAUGAUGGCUGUUGUACAUCAAGUGAUUAUUACCGAUCUUGCGAUAUCCCUGAUCAUUGCAUUUCUGAUUUAAAUGCUCCUCUGUCAUUUUAUAGAAGCACUGAACUUUGUGAUUCAGUAGAGGAUCCUCGUUCUGAUUCUGAUUACCUCGACUAUGAUAUAAUGUUUGAUGUGCCGGAAAGGUAUAUGAUACUGCCCUUUGUUGAGAGAAACAGGGAAGAAAAUAGUGGUUUCGAUGAAGAUCCUCCCGAUGAAGUGGCACACCACUCACUUGAUUCAAGUCUUUAUCGGGCAAUUCAUCAGAUGGAAUCAUCUGAUGAGGAUACCUCCCAUUCUCAGGCUAUUGAAGAUUUGAGUUCUUUUGACCCACAGCUGUUUCUCAAUAACUUGCCGGAUGUAUCAGAAGCAGUUUCAUCCAUUUGGGCUAUGUUGUUGCCGAAAGAAACACGGAAAAGGAAAACUGUAACCUUGGUGCUUGAUUUGGAUGGUAAGGAAGAAAUCUGAGAUCUGUUGCAUUUUUUUUUCUUCAAAACAUGGUUUUAAUCUGCAAUGUUAUGAAGAUUUUCGUGCCCAGUUUAAUGUUAGUAUUUCCAUGCAGAUUUUCUCUAAUAUUGCCGGUGCUAUUUUUUUAUUUUAUUUCACGUAUUAUUGUAACCUUUCGUUUUUAACUUCAGAUGUGCGCGAAUAGUCGGAAUAGUUCUUUUCCCUGCUAAUUUCUUAUUUUAUAUCGAGGUUCUUGCAUUUAAUCUGGUUUUGGCUGAAACUAAGUGAAUAGGAUUUGAGAUUAGAUGGGCCAAUGUUUAGAAGCUUGUUGCUAUCCAUGGACUAGCAUAUGAAAAUGAUCAACGAAUGUGUCUUUUCUUCUAGUUGUCAGGUUGUGAAUCUAUGUUUGUUGGGGUCAUUUCUUAAGCAGAUUAUUCAUUACUAGAUCGCUCUCAAUGACAAGCUAGUGCCGUAAUGCUGUUUUGUAUGAUCAUUUUCUUUUGAUUAUUUCUCAACACAACUUUGCCUCUGUCUCCCUCGGUCCCUUUGUGACAAGGUCUCUGAAUCUGGGGGUAUUUCCUGGAGGUGUAAGUGGAGCUGUUAGGGGGUAGGGACGAGUUUACUGACUAGUGGGAAGUGCACAAUGACACCAAAUUCAAAUUGUGCCUGGAAUUUACAAAGCUUGAAUUUGGAAUGGAGCUUGAAGACAAAAGUUCUGCUGUUAUUUUCAGCAGGUCCAAGAGUGAGGGCGAAUAGGCUGGGAAAUGUAAUCUUCAAAACAGUUUUGAUUGAUAUUGAACUCUAAUGUAAAGAGGAAGUAAAUAAUUUGUUGCCUUGGCAUUCUGCCUUUCUAGGUUAUCUAUUUUUUUAGUAAAUCGUUGGAAAAUAUUCCCAUAUGGAUCUUCUAAUAAAUCAAUACAGAUAUUCAUAACUGAUUUAGUAAGCGAUCUGAGAUUAGCGUCUGAUUUUUUUUGGAGGGUUUUUGUACUGGAAUAAAUCUUCUUGGAGCCUUAAUCAUUAUCAAUUUCCAUGCAGAAACGCUCGUUCACUCCACCUUGGAGCAUUGUGCUGAUGCAGAUUUCACAUUUCCGGUAUUUUUCAAUAUGAAAGAACACACUGUAUAUGUCAGACGGAGGCCUUACCUGCAUGAAUUUCUGGAGAGGGUAGCUCAGAUGUUUAAAAUUGUCAUUUUCACGGCCAGUCAAAGCAUUUAUGCUGAACAAUUGUUGGAUAUGCUGGAUCCUGACAAAAGAAUUAUCUCUCAGCGUGUUUAUCGUGAGUCAUGUAUAUUCUCUGAUGGUAGCUACACAAAAGACCUGACUAUUCUAGGAGUUGACCUGGCGAAAGUUGUCAUAAUUGAUAAUUCUCCACAGGUAAUUGUUUCCAUGUUACAACUUGAUUAUCUUCUUCUAUCCUUGAAUUGCAUGUUCAAAAAAAUAUUUGCCAAUAUUUUCUGGCAUCACCUUCUAUGAGAUUGGUGUUCGAAUGAAACAUAAGAUUCAGCAUAAGAUAUUUACAAGCUUGCUGAUAGUUUAUUGCGGUUCCAAUUCUACUGAUCUUUAAGAGACUGAAAUUCCAAAUGAAAAUAUGCAUUUAAAGUCUAUAACAAGACCAGGAAGAUGAGAACAUGAGGAUCGAAGUCCAAAUGAGCAUUCCGUGUUAAAUCCCGUAACUAUUUGAAUUUAUCAUUUCCUUCAUAAAUUAGCACGAGAGAGACUGAAGAAAGUUGGAAUUUUCUCCGCAUCCGGGAUUGGCCUUCCCAAUAUCCCUGUAAGCUUACUUGAUCUGGUAUGUUUUUUCCGUCUAUGCUCUGGGCGAUUUGUCAGGAAAGGUACAGAAGAAAAUUUGGAAAGAUAUUUGCAGGCUCGCAGAACAUCAGUAGGAGUGUUAAUUCAGUGAAAGAAUGGUCCAAGUGAGCACUGAUUGGGAGUGGUCAGAAGUCCAGUUUCUUUAGUGGCUACAAACAAUAGGAACAACACUGCAUAUCAUAUACCUUCUUUUUUUUUUCUUCACACCCUGGUCUAGAAUCAUGCUACACUAAUUUUGCAGCAAGUGGGGGAGCUGCUCUGGUCAUCAUCUUCUGCUACUCUUUAUAGAUUAUGCAGCCACGGGCUGAUUAUGAUUUGGGUCAAAGUCAAUGGGGAUUAGAACUUUGCCAAUUCUGCCCACCGUGCUGCCCUCCUCUUGAUUCACUCAAGGAAAAACAAAACUUUUCCGAAGAACUUCAAUCUGCCUCUUUCUUUUUUGAUUCCAUGUUGAAUAAUGAUUGACAACCUAUGCUUCACGGCAACUGAUGAUGGUCAUCACGGGCAUCCUCCUCACGCAUUUUCCUUCCUUUUGUUCUCGAUAAUUUCAGGUUUUCCGGCUGCAAGUGAAUAACGGAAUACCGAUCGAGAGCUGGUUUGACGAUCCGUCAGACUGUGCAUUGAUUUCCCUGCUCCCAUUCCUGGAGACACUGGUCGAUGUAGACGAUGUCCGUCCCAUUAUCUCGGAGAGAUUCAACAAGGAAUAA